CAUGAGGGCUGGAUGUAGCCCGGCCCCCGGAGGACUUCCUCGCCUGCUGCAGGAAAGAGAAGGCUGAGAGACAAACCUGGGUGCAACCGGAAAGGUCCAAAUAGAUGAGCUUGUGGCAUCCAUUCCCUAAAUUCAGGGACUGCGGUGCACGUGCGCGGGGUCUCGGAGCGCCCAGGAAGCCGUCGGUCCGUCCGUCCAGGCCCGGGGCCAGCUGGAUGUCAGGAUGCGCGCGGUCGCCCUGGUGAUGCUGCUCGGCCUCUGCGAGGCGGCGGAGCUCCGCAAGGCCAGCCCGGGGGGCGCCCGGGGCCGGGCGGGGGGCGCCCGGGGGGGCUCGGGGCCCCCCUGCGAGGCCUACACGUACCUCCACGAGAAGUACUUGGACUGUCAGGAGAGGAAACUGGUUUACGUGCAGCCCGACUGGCCUCCGGAUCUGCUGCACAUGCUGCUGGCCAGGAACAAGAUCCGCAUACUGAAGGACAAGAUGUUUUCCAGGUUUAAGAGGCUGAAAACCCUGGAUCUGCAGCAGAACGAGAUCUCCAAGAUUGAGAGCGAGGCCUUCUUUGGUUUAAAUAAACUGACCACCCUGCUGCUGCAGCACAACCGCCUGCGAGUCCUGACGGAGGAAGUGUUCCUUUACACGCCUCUCCUGGGCUACCUGCGCCUCUACGACAACCCCUGGCACUGCACUUGUGAGAUGGAGACCCUAAUUUCAAUGUUGCAGAUCCCAAGAAACCGGAACUUGGGGAACUACGCCAAGUGCGAAAGCCCACAUGAGCUAAAAAACAAAAAACUGCGGCAGAUAAAACCUGAACAGUUGUGCGAUGAAGAGGAAAGGGAACAAUUAGACCCGAAACCCCAAGUGUCCGGGAGGCCCCCAGUCAUCAAGCCCGAGGUGGACUCUUCUCUUUGCUACAAUUACGUGUUUCCCAUACAAACACUGGACUGCAAACGGAAAGAGCUAAAGAAAGUUCCGAAAAACAUCCCUCCAGAUAUUGUUAAACUUGACUUGUCAUACAAUAAAAUCAACCAACUUCGACCCAAGGAAUUCGAAGAUGUUCAUGAGCUAAGAAAAUUAAACCUCAGCAGCAAUGGCAUUGAAUUCAUUGAUCCUGCUGCUUUUUUAGGACUCACACAUUUAGAAGAGUUAGAUUUAUCAAACAACAGUCUACAAAACUUUGACUAUGGAGUAUUAGAAGACUUGUAUUUUUUGAAACUCUUAUGGCUUGGAGAUAACCCUUGGAGAUGUGACUACAAUAUCCACUACCUCUACUACUGGCUAAAGCACCACUACAACGUCCACUAUAAUGGCCUGGAAUGUAAAACGCCUGAAGAAUACAAAGGGUGGUUUCUGGGAAAAUAUAUCCGCACUUACUUUGAAGAAUGCCCCAAAGACAAAUUACCGGCAUACCCUGAAACAUUUGACCAGGAUACGGAAGAUGAUGAGUGGGAAAAAAUACACAGAGAUCAUACAACAAAAAAACAACGUGUAAGAAUCACUAUAGUGGGAUAACUUAGAAAUUGUUCUGAGUGCAACUAGUUUUGUAUUUGCUAUACUGGUGUCAAAAAGCCGUACGUUUACAUUGUGAUUAACUGUGUUGCCUAUUUAUGCAGGGUUUUCCGGCUAAAGGAAGGUUCCCUUAUUAGUAUUAUUAUUGUGAAAAUUCUAGCACUCAAGGGAAAACUUUCAUCCUGCUUGCCUGCCUGCCUAUUUGCAGACCAGUGUCUGGUGAUGAUUCCUUACUGGUAAACUGCGGAAGUUGGGUCCUAAUGAUGGCAUUGGAAUUUCAUAAUGUCCUGUAUAAAUGUUUUUACUGCUUUUUGAAAAUUAAAAAAAAAACCUGAUUUAUUUUUA